AUGUUGGCUAUCAAGAACCAGGCUUUAAGAUCAUCGUUUAAGGGCACGUCGUAUCGUGCCCUGAGUACCUCUCCCGUUUCAAAGACCGCCAAUCCCAUUAAAUGUGUGGGCGUAAUUGGAUCUGGCCAGAUGGGUUUGGGUAUUGCCUAUGUUACAGCCAAUGUUACCAAGCUGCCAGUUGUUUUGAUGGAUAUCAAUAAAGAACAGACCGAGAAAGGACUUAAAUUUAUUGACCGAUUAUUAUUAAAGGAUGUGGCAAAGCAAAAAAUCACUCAGGAGCAUGCAGAAGAGACACGCGCUCGAUUUUCUACCACAAACACACUGGAAUCUUUGUCAGAUGCCGACUUUUUGAUUGAGGCAGCAUCUGAGAAUCUCAACAUCAAAUCUGCAAUCUUUAGAAAUCUCGAUACAAUUUGUAAACCAGAGGCUAUCCUGGCUACAAACACAAGUAGUAUUAGCAUCACGAAAAUCGCUGCCGCUACAAAGCGCCCUGAGAAGGUUAUUGGUAUGCAUUUCAUGAACCCUGUACCAGUCAUGAAGCUAGUAGAAAUCAUUCCCGGACUAGCAACGUGCCCUGAGGUAUUGGAGACAACACGUACCUUGGCUACUUCUAUGGGAAAGACAUGCACUGUGGUCAAAGAUAUUCCUGGCUUUGUGGCCAACCGCCUUUUGAUGCCUUAUAUUAACGAAGCAGUGAUGUUAUUGGAAUGCGAAUUUGCAAGCGCAGAGGAUAUUGAUAUUACUAUGAAACUGGGUACCAACAUGCCUAUGGGUCCAUUGACACUCGCCGACUUUAUUGGUCUUGAUACGUGUCUAGCUAUUAUGAAAGUGCUUCAUGAAAACACUGGAGACUCUAAAUACCGGCCCGCAGUAUUGCUCCAGAAAUAUGUUGAUGCUGGCUGGAUGGGCAAGAAGUCUGGGCGUGGAAUCUACAAUUACAAAUAAAUAAAGAAUAUAUAUCU